AUGGACCUCAUCAGUCUAGCGCAAGCCGGCAUCCAGCACGUAGUCGCCACCUCUGGCACGGCCCUGACCGAGGACCACGGUCGCCUGUUGGCUCGCUUUGCCCGCCAAGUCGUGUUGCUUUUUGACGGCGACGCGGCCGGGUCCACGGCCGCCAUGCGCGCUCUUGAAGUACUCCUAGGUACAGGCCUAGACGCCCGCGUCGUCUCGCUGCCUGCCGAGCACGACCCUGAUACUUUCGUCCAAGCGCACGGUCCCGAGGCGCUGAUAGAGCGGGCCGAAAAUGCCCAGUCGGUUCUCGAUUUCUACCUCGAACAACUCGCCCAGCAGACACGACCUCUCCAGCAUCGAGGGCAGGACCGCGCCGUAGAAACGUUCAAACCGCUCAUAGCCAAGCUGAACAAACCCCAAGAUGCGGUCCGCUGCGACCUACUACUGAGAGAAGUCGCCCAGCGCCUCGCGGUUGACGAACAGGCCCUGCGCCAUGAGUUGCAAGCCUCAAGCGUUAUAGCCAUCCUUCUAUGGGCCACAGCCGUCUUGGGGCAGGUGGACGCCGGCGUCGAUCGCGGGGAUUCGCGUUUUAUGGCGACGGUGCUGGCGCGCCUUGCCCAGCGGGCCGAUCCCAUUGCCAACAUCUAUCUCAACCAAGCCCGCGCGGAGGGCCUUAGUUCCCUGCUGGGCAACCGAUGA